GACAGGUUACUCCCCGUUUUUUCCACCCUUGCGACAACCGAAACAGUGAUUGUCCCGGUGCCUGGACUUACCUCCACGGAGUUUGAACAGCUGCUCACAAAUUCAAAUCACUCAACACCUCAACGAGUCUCAGGCGCUUUUCUAUUUCAGCUUUUGCAGACUGGUCCUGUUCUUCAUUCAAGAUGAAUUUCACAUGGAAAAGAUUCAACGUUCUACUUUCCCUGUUCCUGUGUGUCUCAGUGACUGCUGUGCUUUUGAAUCCUUCCUGGAAUUUAUCUGUGUAUUCCUUUGGGCACUGGAAGUUGAGCUUUUGUUCCUGUCUCAGCUGUUUAAGAGAUGGUGAUCCUUGGUUUAGGGCAUUGAUCGAUGCCUCUCCUAAACCCUUUUUGUCCAGAAAACACAAAACCUCAGAGAAUGACUUCAACUGGUGGAAGCACUUACAGCAGGAGAACCGCAACUUCACUUUCUUCAGUGCAACAGUGGACAAGCUCUUUGAGACGCUCCCACUCAUUUCAGAAGAUGUGGAACCGAGGCCUGAUCGCUGCAGGACUUGUGCUGUAGUGGGGAAUUCUGGUCAUUUGAAGGGAUCCCGUUAUGGCCCUCUAAUAGAUUCUCACGAUGUCAUAAUAAGAAUCAACCGUGGGCGUACCAAAGGUUAUGAAGCAGACGUUGGAACCAAAACAACUCAUCAUGUCAUGUAUCCAGAGAGUGCUAUUAAACUGCACAACACAACAAAUCUUGUGUUUUUUGCAUUCAAGAUAGAUGAUUUACUGUGGCUCCUCAAGACCUUCAGUCCAGGAGAUGGUACUGUGAACUCAACGAACAUAGCUAACAAGAAUUUGGUGAUGAUCCUCAACCCAGCUUUCAUGAAAUACAUUCAUGAAGAUUGGUUGGGAAGUGAUGGUGCUUAUCCUUCCACUGGCUUUCUGACUUUGGCUUUAAGCUUGCACAUAUGUGAUGAGGUCAGUGUUUUUGGGUUCAGGGCAGACAGGGAUGGAAACUGGAGCCAUUACUUUGAAGUCCUCAAAAACAAAGAUUUAGGAACAGGACCUCAUUCAGGAAAACAUGAAUAUUCAAUUAUUGAGCAAUUACACGAAAUGGAGAAAGUUACAUUUUACAAAGGACAUUAAUUAUUGUUCCUCUUUUCCCCUUUGUCUUUCUGUGAUGUGUUUGUUCUUUUUUACUGUUAUUUAUUUUGCAUUUCAGUGUGUUCAUGUUUAGAAGAGUCUUUGGUUUUACAGUAGUUGCAUGAAACUGAAUCCUAUGAUUCAAAUCCACAGAUUUGCUUUUCAGGUUAAUUGGUGAUUCUAAAAAAUGGGUAGAAUGUGAAUGUUAAUGGUUGCAAACAGCCAUAAUAAUUUAAAUAUACUGGAUAUGAAGUUAAACUGGUAAGAACAUUCUCUUGGGAUUUAUUAUAUAACCAUUACAACCGUCAAACACUGCUAUAUUAUCAAAGACUUCAUAACUGCAAUUAUCAAUAUUAAUUCAACAUUAAUUAACACAAAACACAUGUUCUAUAUGUUUUUUAAUUGUUAUUAUUAAUUAUUAUUAAUUUAUUUAUUUACUGAACAUAGACAUUGCAGAAUAAAAUCUCCACAAUUCCUGAAUAUACAUAUCAUCUAGCUAAUCAGCGCGAAUAUCUUAAUUAAGUGUUCAAUUACUCCAAAUUGACACAUUUUGGUUGGUUCACUGUGUGGGAUAUUGUAUUUAUUUAUUUUUUUUAUUCAUUUGUGUUGUUGUAACAGGCACCGGGCCGCAGCGGUGCCCGCGAACCGCUUUGUAGACAGCUAAAACAAUGAAAACCAAAGGAUGACAAAGAAGAAGCUGUUUGUCAUCUCUAAUUUCUCCUCAGCCAUAUUUAUUAACACAUCACAUGUCAUUCACUGUUAACACUGUCCAAUUUAAAUCAGCAUCAUCUUGCUGUACACACAUAUAUAUCUCUCUUUUUUUAGACAUAUUUUAGUGCCCAUAAAUCACAUAUUUCCAUCAAAUGCUACAUCUUGUCACAAUAUCUUCUUCCCAUAACCCAGAUUAACACUCUGGUCAGUACUGUACCUUAACUGUACCUUUAGAAAAAUACUAUCACGUAUUUCUGGUCUUCAUGUUAAACAGCAGCAUGUCAAUAAACACAAACUUUUAACUUAAACAUAUUGAUGAAUUUGUACAUUUUACUCUAUUACAUUUUACACUAUUAAUUUGCUUCCCUCCUGCUCUCUGACGGAGACGGUCGCAUUCUAUCUCUCUCCCUGCCCUCCCUAUCUCUCCUGCUUGCUGCUUGCUGUAAGAGCGUCUCUUACACACUGUCUGAAUAAGAAUAUGAUUAAGAGCAACAUGGACCUGGCAAACUGGGCCCUAAACACCAUUGAUCGAAUUUUGUCCACUAUGAGAUCGGGGAAAGGGGAGCCUACAUGUUCGAGUGGAACAGACCCAGUUGGAUAUGUCAUGGAUUCUUGGAGUUCGUGGAGACCUGUGUGCUUCUCAGUUCUGGAGAUCGAGGACGUUGAAGACGUCUACAUAUUCGGCUAUUUGGUAGCGGUAUCUCUUCUGUUUGGGCUCACAGCAUACCUGAUUUACCGGGAAAUUAAGAAAAUCUGUGCAGCAGUUCGACAUCUGCCGAGGCUGCAGACCCAGGUGGAUGGGCUGUGCAGAGCCGUACAAACUCAGACUUAAAGCCUGUUGGACCUGAGCCGUAAAGCGGACGGAUAGUCUAGCUGAGAACGUGCUUCCAGGCGAGAGGGGUUAGAUCUGGAGAUAAGGUUCGGUUCUGCACGGUGAGGACAGUAACAAAUGAAUUUGGAAUAUUGGAUUUACUGAAUGGGUUCCCCAGUGAAACUGAAGGCUUUUGGAAAAAACAAGCAGCCUGUUCCAAAACAUCUGCAUUAUCAGGAAUUCGGCUCCCUAGCCGGCCUUGGGCUGGUAAUCAUACAGUAUCUCUCCAGGGCUAUGUGUGACAGUCGCUCUUCCCCUCAGCCCUCUCUGUGAUUUUUGAAGCUGGAUCUGGUGUACCGUGGCUGCUGAUGAAAUUCCAUCACUAUCACAUCUCUGUGCAAUAUUAUAUUAUUCAUACUGAACAAUAUC